AUACCCCACUUGUGGCUUUUUAUUAAUAAUAAUGCGUUCGAGUACAAUCAUUAUUAGCCAUAUAAUUUGUAUGUGUUUCCGUGGUUGUGACGAUUUGGCUCAGAGGAUCAGAGAGGACGCGAUGAAUGCGAACCGCCUUAGAGAUCGCAACUGCCGUCCGACUUGAUGGAUCAGACGGUCGACGAGAGUUAACCGUCGUCGUCGUCACACGCAACAGAAGACAAAGAACCGAGUGAAUAACAAUCGGUGCACGUGAACCCGUUUGCCCUUCUUUUGUUCUCGUACCUACGCACACAUCCGCUGUGGUCGUUUCCUACGUCACAGCGGAAAAUGGACUUGGCGCGACGCAACAACGCAUAAAUACUCGAGAGCUCUGAUGUGCAUCGGUUUGUUAUUGUUCUGUCGUCUGGCCGUUGCUGGUAGUCUCCCCUAGUGCUCGUCAAACGUUUGAGGAUGAUCGAUCACGCGCCGUUCUUCGCCAUUCUCCUGGCAUUAUUUUCACACGGCCACCAUGUGCAAUGCUUAUCGUUCUUCCACUUCGUAGAGGAUCCGCCGCCAGUCAAGGAUAUCGCCGCCAUGGCCCGAUACAUAGUCCAUUAUUCAGAUUGGACAACUUUGUCUUACAUUGGAAAUCAAUCAUUCAUGGAUGGUAUGCCAAUGGGUAGGGUAUAUUCAAUUAGUGAUGGAACAAUCAAAAAUAGUACUGGUAUACCAUACAUCAUGGCUUCACCCAUGGACUUAUCUUUUCAGGAUGUCAUGAAAACAAAAAACUGUUCCCUUGUACUGAGUCUUGCUCAGUCAAAUUACUGCAAUCAAAAAUCUUAUGAUCCUGAGGAUCCACGUUGUGCCCAAGUUAUUUUGACAGGACAAUUUGUGAAGUUGAAUAAAGAUGAUCCUGAAUAUAAAAUAGCUAAAUUAAGUUUGUGGACAAGACACCCUAUUAUGCGUAAAUGGAACAUUGAUGUUCCAGGUCAUAAGUGGCAAUUUUGUAAAAUAAAUAUUGAACACAUUACACUCAUUGAUACAUUUGGCGGUCGUAAAUAUCCGAGUAUUGAAGAUUAUUUUAACGCAAAACCAUUAAUAAAACACUUACCAAAGUUGAGACGUUCGGUACUGACAUUUAAAAAAGAAGUAAUUAUUGAUGAUGAAUAUUAAAAUAGUUAUGUAUUAGUUUCAAUUAAAAUGUGUUGAUAACUUAUGCUAAAAAUUGCCAUUUAAAAUUAAUAGACUGAUUUAUCAUUUAGUGUGCUAAAUAGUAGUUAACUAUUUUUAUUUGUUAACAUUUUAAACACAUGAUGUUUAUAGUUAAAUCUGUCAAAGAUGACCUGUGAUCUCACAGGUUUAAUCUUGGUCAGUUUUUAUUUAGGUGAAAUAUUGGAAAUUACUUAUGAAUUUAAAAUGUAUAAAAUAAUUAUUAAUAAUAUAUAUAUAUAUUUAUGUAUCAAUUGUAAACAUAUUUCUCUUGCUCAAUCAAAUAAAUUAUGAAUAAAUGUAAUUGUUUUGUGUA